AUAAAACACCCAAAUUUGCCAGCCAAUAGUUUGGACCUCCGCUACCAGCCCAAAGUCCCGCUUUUGUUUAUUAUAUUACGCUUCCCCAGUCUUGACUCCCCCUCCCCCUUUCUCUCUCUCUCUCUCCGGCGGGGCGGCCGGAAAUCUCCCCAAAUUCAGCUGGUUUCACGGGAGAGAUCGGCCGGUGGGGGGGAAAGGACGAGUCUUGAGCUGGAUUUCUUGGCGGAUUGGCUCGCAUUCGCAGGAACUGUGUGUCUGUGUUCAGGAACGGGGAGAUGAGCUGCUUACCGUGCUCCGGUUCGUCGGGGAAGGAGGCCAAGAGCUUGGCGGCGCUCUCGCCGACGCCCCGGCCUGCGGCGAAGGCAGCACCAGUUCGAUCAAAUUCACGUGCUUCGGGCUCCAAGAAGGAAGAUUCUGUACCUGUUCGCAGAGGAGGAAACAUUCCACAUGGCCCGGCACAGAUUUUCACUUUCCGGGAGUUGGCUAUCGCUACCAAGAAUUUCAGGAAAGAUUGCCUAUUGGGAGAAGGUGGCUUUGGUCGUGUGUAUAAAGGACGCAUGGAAAAUGGACAGGUCAUUGCUGUGAAACAACUUGAUAGAAACGGUUUUCAAGGAAAUCGUGAAUUUCUUGUGGAGGUUCUCAUGCUAAGCCUCUUGCACCAUCCUAAUCUGGUUAGAUUAAUUGGCUAUUGUGCAGAUGGUGACCAGCGCCUCCUAGUUUACGAAUAUAUGUUGUUGGGAUCACUAGAAAAUCAUCUGUUUGGCCCACCAGACAAGGAACCUCUUGACUGGAAUACAAGGAUGAAGAUUGCUGCCGGUGCAGCGAAGGGUCUGGAGUAUCUUCAUGAUAAGGCAAAUCCACCAGUCAUAUACAGAGAUUUCAAAUCAUCAAACAUUCUGCUCGGUGAAGACUACUACCCGAAGCUGUCUGAUUUUGGGCUUGCAAAACUUGGUCCAGUUGGUGACAAAACUCAUGUAUCAACACGAGUUAUGGGAACAUAUGGAUAUUGCGCUCCUGAAUAUGCCAUGACAGGACAGUUGACAUUAAAAUCUGAUGUUUACAGCUUUGGUGUUGUGUUCCUUGAACUUAUUACAGGCCGCAAAGCAAUCGAUCACACCCAGCCUUCAGGGGAGCAAAAUCUUGUUGCAUGGGCUCGUCCACUUUUCAGAGACCGAAGGAAGUUCUGCCAACUCGCUGAUCCAUCGCUGCAAGGUCGGUACCCCAAAAGGGGUUUGUACCAGGCUUUAGCUGUUGCAGCUAUGUGUUUGCAGGAGCAAGCAGCAUCUCGGCCACUGAUAGGAGAUGUCGUCACUGCACUAUCUUAUCUAGCUGCACAUCCCUAUGAUCCAAAUGUGCCUUCCACAAAGGAUUCGAGGACCUGCCCAUCUACCCCAAGGGCAAAAACACACCGAAGAACCACCAGUGUUCCUGAUGCUCAACAUGCUGCUGAGUCGCUUAUGUUGAACUUCCCAGACUUGAGGAAGGAGACUGUCAGAGGAGGGAAAUUUGAGAAGGAUGGUACUGAAGGUUCUGGCAGCAGCAGUAGCUCUGGAAGGAAUGAUGGCCUUGAUGUUCCGCAACUUCUGGCCGGCAAAGCUUGCAGUGAAGGUGAUAACGUUCAGAAGUCCACCAUUAAGGUUGGUGCCCGUGAGAACUAGAAUGCAGAGCCGCCGAGCCGGGGGGGAAUUCCGCGGGCAGCUUUGAUAGUGCGGGGAACGAUGGCCUCCGUGUUUGCUAUCAAUUUUGCCAGGAAACUUCGUCACUUGGCGUGAGUCUCUUUUUGAAAGGGACAAUUGUCGAGAGUUGAGUAAUACUACUGCAACAGGCUUGUUUCUGCGGACCCAGAUAGCCUCAUGCUCCACGGUUGGGUUUUAGUUGCCUCCAUGGAGCUGUUUUACAAAUCUUCCAGGUUAUACAUGAAGACACAGGCUGAUGAAUGGAAGAAGUAUUUUUGUUGCUGAGAUUCAGACCUUAGACUCUUAGAGUGUGCAUUUUUAUGAGAAUCGGCUACAUUCUUAAUGUCACCAACACACCAGCUUUCGCUUGUGAUGACUACCUGCAGUAUGCGUCAUUCAAGAAUGUGGGAGAGUCUUCUUCUUGUAGGAACCACGAUUUGUGUGACAAUGUGCUGACAGAGUUGCAUCCCGGAUUGUGUCUGUACACGUAAAUGGGUUGUUUGUAUGUAGAGCUGUCCAUAGAUUUAUUAUUUUUCCUUCGUCAGUGUGAUGUAAAGGGGUGAUUUGCAGACAACAUGCCAGAAGUAGCUCUUUAGUUUGUACAGGAAAAAGGUUGUUCGAUUUUUGUUUGCUUGGUACUGUAAUAUUGACUCUCAUAUACUAUUGUACGAAUGGGGAAGAACACUGACCCUUGUGGUUGGUACUUGGAUGCUGCUUCUCUUUGGUUUUAA